AUGUUCAUCGACGAGAUCGAUCAACAGGGUAACAUUGUUUUCGACGGCUACGAGGAGGUCGAGCACCGCCGGAAGAGCUGCAACGCCGAACCACUGGACGAAAAUCAAUCCGACAGCCCACGGGCAAUUUCCCCCAGAAGCAAGCGACGCUUCAGAUCGUCGCUUAAGCAAUUCAGGCUUCCCGACACCAUUACAAAGCCUAUGCCUCCGACUCCAGUUACAGAAGAUCAGCUUCGGCUGAUAAAUCCAUACGAGCUGGCGCCUUCCCGGAGUUAUUUCUGGGAGGAUCCCCGGAGCAGGAGCCCCUCCACCCGUCCGCUCACUGGCCGAGAGCGACGAUCAGUGGCCUUCGAGAACGGGAAGAGUCGCCGGGCUCACAAGUCUGAGGUGAGGCGGCAGCGCGAGGUUGCAGCGGCAGGCGAUGGAGCCACGCAACGGUCUGCAGGUAUGUCUCGACUGCUACUCCAAAACCACACGCCGAACUGAGCUUUUGACUAAGAGAAUGCUGGAAUAGGGACAUCUGCACUUGCGAACCGGCUGGGUGAUAUGCUGAUUUCGACUCGCCAGUUGAGAUAACCGCAUCCGCCACCUAAAUUAGAUCGCUGGGGGGCUGAGCCAGACCUCAAAUCAGAUUACGACCGUAUAAGUCCUCUCUCACGACAUCAGGGUGUGGAGUUUUGAGGAGAGGGAUCUGGGACCUGAUAUGGGUUGUGUCAGGCUGGUUUUGUUGUACUGACCAUUUUUCUUUUCUUUCCGACGCUGUCUUCUCAGCCUGCGGAUGCAGAGACCAUGUAUCGUUCGGAUUCUCGCCGUCCCUUCUAUCGACACAUGUCGAACUUUGAGAAGGAGGCCAGGCAUCAGAAACAGGCUGGUCAGACACCAAAACUAUUGCACAGACUUUUGCUUUGUAAACC